AUGGACACUGAGACAAUGAUCAGAAGGAAGACUUCAGACUUACUCAAAUGCCUUGAACAAUUUAUGAAGAUGACUACUGAAUACAGCAGAGGAGGGAAACAAGCAGGACAGUUUGACUUAACUCUCUUUUCACGCAUUUAUACACUUUUGUAUGACAAUGAGCAGGCUUCUGGAGCCUUCUAUAAUUACUGCCUAAGCGAGAUUGAGAAAUUUAUUAAGACUCAGAUUCGGCAUCUUGAGCAAUGUGACGCAGGAGGAAUUCUCGAAAAAUUUAAUGAGUCAUUCAAGUCAUUCUCAACAUUCUCUAGGGUAUGUGGAAAUGCUGUUGGGCAUGCUAAUAAGUUCUUUGUCCCCUUCAUGCAACCUGGAAAAAGUACUCAAACACAGUCUCUGAAGAUCUAUAUGAGACUUGUUUUAGACAAGUUUAGCGAGCCUAUUAUUGAAAAUUUGAUUGGGGCUAUAAAUGAUCUAAGAGAAUCCGAAAAUAUUCAAACAGAUUUGAUUAAAGAUAUCGUGUCUAUCUACAUAACCUGCGGCAUCAAAGGCGAUGCACGCCUCAAAGUAGACGCAAACCACUCUACAACUUGGCAUGGGGAGAGAAGCCUAAGCGUGUAUCAGGAAAGAUUUUUGGAGAUUUUUAAUAAAAAUAGUCGCGCCUAUUACUCGAAGAAAUUUGACAGUCUCUUAGAAGUUCUGGAUUUUCCAGAAUUUUUACAACAAUUUAGAGUGCUCAAUCUAAAAGAGAAAAGGAUUGUCCAAGAUAUUCUAGACCCAAGCUCUUAUGACGAAGCCAUGAUGAACCUAAUCUCUGCUGUGAAUACAAAUGACUCUCUUAGGUCUCGGGUUGAAAAAGAGGCUUCUAGAUUAAGAGAAAUGAUCGAGAAAGAAAAGUUUAAGGAAAUUUCAAAUAUCAUCCAUUUUUGUAUUGAAGCAUCUGUAGGAAUUAAACAGCUUUCUCAGGAGCUUAAGUUCAAAAUUGAGAAAGAUCUUGAUCAAAUUUUUAAGAGGAAAGAAGACUGGAAGGAUAAAAUAUCUCUAACCACUAACCUUCUUGAAUAUAACCAUCAGAUUUACCAACUUAUUGAGGAGAAACUAGGAGGCGAGCAUUUCUUCAGAAAGGUCCGCCAUGAAUGCUUCCAGGAAAUAAUCAAGUCGAGCUACAAAACAGAUUGGCUUGCUAGUUACUGUGACUAUUUCCUGACUGAGGAAGUCAAAAAUUACGAUGAGAAGGAGUUGAUUAGUCAUUUAGAUAAUAUUAUUGACCUAUUCCAGUUCUUUAGUGAUAAGGAAUACUUCAUCUCUCACUACUUCUGGUAUCAGUACAACCGCUUACUGACUCAGAGCCAUGCUAAUUACUACGCAGAGAAGGAAAUUGUCAAUUUACUGACUAAAGAGUGUGGAUCUAAUGCGACAGUGAGGUUGACUAAAUUGAUAAUGGACAUUAACUUAUCUCAAGACCUUCAUAGUGACUUCUCUAGCUCAGAUAUUGUAGACCAGACAGGUUCAGUAGAGAUGUCAACUGUGAUACUUUCAUCCUCUAUUUUGGACAACAGAAAAGAAAUUUCUGGAGAAAGGUUUAUGGAUGAAGCCAUUUUCAUCCCAGUUGAGUUAGAGUUAUGCAAAAUGGUGUAUGAAAAUUACUAUCUUUCUAAGUAUCGAUCUAGGAAGCUUCACUGGCUUUAUCAGAGAGGCGAGGUUAUCAUGGAGACAAAAUUUACACCCAAGCCGUACACUUUAUCUUUAAAUUGCUACCAAGCUGCUAUUUUGAGUCAAUUUGAGAGAAAAUAAUUCCUUUACAGUCAAGGAGCUCCAAGAGUCAACGUUUCUAGAUAAGAAAAAGAUUAUAAAGCAGCUGAAGCAGUUGUGUAACCCAAAGAAAAAGCUAUUGAUCAAGGAAAAUGAGAAGGCUCCUUUAUUCCCAGAUUCAGAGCUUAUUAAGCUGAACUUAGAGUUUAGCCAUCCACUUUUAAAAGUAAACUACAUUCCAAAAAUAGUGUUGAAAUCAUAUAAUGAUGGUGAUGAAGAGACUAAGGAGGCAGUCAAGAUCCUCAGACAGGACACUGAAAAGUCUAAGAUCAGACAAAUGGACGCAGCCAUUGUUGCUAUCAUGAAGAGAAAUAAGAAGCUUAAGGAACAAGAUCUUAUUGAAGAGGUAUUCAAAGGCAUCAAGUUCAAUUGUGACGUCAAGUUUGUCAGAAGAUCGUUAGCUAGACUUAAGCAAGAUGAGUAUGUAAUUACUCCACAUGAUUCCAAAGACACUUAUGUUUAUGUCCCAUAA